UACCACGUCAUAACAACAGCAUGUGGUAUGGAGUAGGUUGCUCUAAAGCUGGUUAUUUUCUGUUUCUUUUUCAGCUCUGAAGUCCAGAUUUUUUUUGUUACUCUUGUAAGGCUGGUAACAGUUUGCCAGGUGUAUAAGGCCAGCUAUGUGUCAGAUUGACGAGGAGUACGCAGUGCAUGUUGAGCUGCACGAGAAAUCUGUUGUCAGUGUAAUGCAAAAAUGCAUGAGAUGCAAGGAAGGUGCAGCUGUGGUAAUAAUUCGUGUUGGAGAUGCAUUUUGCAAGGACUGUUUCAAAGAUUAUUUUGUUCAUAAGUUCCGUGCAAUGCUGGGAAAGAAUCGUCUCAUCUACCCUGGAGAAAAGGUUCUGCUGGCACUUUCAGGAGGGGCUGCAUCCAGUGCACUGCUUCGACAAGUUCAGGAGGGUCUGAGUAGAGAGGCACCAAAGAAGCUGCGCUUCAUACCUGGCAUUGUUCAUAUUGAUGAGGGAGGUUUGACUUCACAAAGUCUGGAAGAUAGACAAGAUGUACUUUUCCAGUUAGAAUCAGUGUUUAAAGCAUCAGGUUUCCCUUAUUAUAUCCUCAGUUUAGAGGAGGUAUUUGACUUGCCUACAUCCAUCCUUCAACGAGAGCCAGCUUUCAUACAACAUGGCAGGAGCUACAAGGAUGCAGUGGAUGGCUUUAUACAUCAGCAUAUCUCCCAACAUGAUAGUAAUGUGACUUUGCAGGAGUCUCCGCUCUCAGAAAGGCUCUGCCAACUCGGUAUUCAGGAUUCUUUACAGGAAGAUGUGCAGGCCACUGGUACUGGGGCAGGGGUUCAUCACAAGUGCACAUUUUCUGCAAGACAAACCACAUCCUUGAGGAGUCUUUUCAGUUCAGUGAAGUCUCUUACAUCCAAAGAAGAAUUACUACAAAAUCUGCGAAAUCAUUUGAUCCUUCAUGUAGCAAGGGCACAUGGGUAUUCUAAAGUGAUGUUUGGAGACAGUUGUACUCGACUAGCAGUCAAAUUAUUGACAAACAUCUGCCAGGGUCGAGGAGCCUUCCUUGCUGCAGACACGGGCUUCUCAGAUAACCGCUAUGGAGACCCUAUCCUGGUGCGACCAAUGAGAGAUUACUCAUCCAAAGAAAUAGCAUUUUAUAACAAAUUAUUCAAUGUUCCUUCUGUAUUUGUUCCCAGCUUGGACACCAAGAUCUCAGAGAAAGCCAGCAUACAUCGAUUAACAGAGAGUUUCAUCUGCAAACUACAGUCUGACUUCCCUUCCACUGUCAGCACAAUUUAUAGGACAAGUGAGAAGCUGAAUGUUGCCCCAUCAUCCUCUGCAGAGCUCUCUGAAACAACUGAAAGGUGCCUUCUCUGCCUUUGCACUCUAGAUACCCAUGUUGGUGAAGCUUCAUCGUUCCAUGCUACUGUACUAUCUGAGAAGCUGUCUCAGAGGAAGUCUGCUGACCAUAUAUGUGCUACAGCAUCUACAGAGGGAGCUGAGAAAGAACCGUCUAAUUCAAAGUCCUUCACAAAUACAGAGUUUCUUGCACUUCUUUGCUACAGCUGUCGUGUGAUCAUUAAAGACAUGGUUACACCAACCCAACUACCUCAGUAUGUUGUGUUAGAGGCAGACCAUCGAAUACGGAGGGCAAAAAUGAGAGAAGAAAUACAAGAUUUUUUGAUUUGCAAGGAAGAUGAAAGAACUACUGCUAAGCCAUGACAGUGCAGAAUUUCAUGCCUUAAAGAAAACUGCCUCCAUGACAAAGCAUGUCUUUAUCCAUAAUUAACUAGCCCUUGGUCAUUUGCAUAUUUACCAACUUUGCUAAUUAUUACAUGCAUUGAACUCAAAUUGGGAUUGUGACUUAACACUGCAAAAAUAUUUAUUUUUUUACUGUAUAAAAUCACUGAAUAAGAAGGGAAGCUGAAUAUGGGGGGGGGGAUAAAUACCAUUUCACCUUUACAUUUUCUAGAUGAACAUGGGCAACUUUUAUUACCUUUCUUUGAAUAUUUUAUUUGAAAUUUGCCGCGGUCUGUAAUCUGGUUUUAAAGUAGCAAGGGUAAAGCAGGGAUGAAACACAGCCAGAGUUGGCCUCAGAGGGGGCGCAGGACAGAUGACCAAUUGCGGGGCUGUACAAGUGCCAUUUUGAUUAUUAAAUUUUAUGAAAAUUGCACACUCACAAAUUUUAAAACAGAAAUUUUCUUUUGGAGGGAGUGCUUUACUCUUUCUUCCUAUCUGCUGUACAGCCUCCUGCAAUCACUCACACUGUGUAUUUUUCAGGCUAUUGCUACAUUUGAAAAAAAAGGAAAUUUCGUCAUCUUGCCACAAAGUCAAACUUUGAACAUUUGACCACUUAUGUCUUGUCCAAGUACGCAUUUUGGAAGGCCUUGUAAAUGCAUCAUACAAAAGUUAGCUAGUUCCAUUUUUGAUCAGCCUGACACAUGCUAUUCCAUAGCAGAAUGCCAACACUUAGCUCACACUGAGAUGUACCUCUUCAGUAGCAGAAUGCAGGCACAUCUUCCCCCUUCUAAAUAUUUUCUGUAGAGACUAUAUGCAUUAGGCCAUUUGGCUGCUUCUUUUAGUUCUUGUUUCAAGUCCUUGUCAUGUACUUUUACAUUAUUUGUACAGGUCUAUAGUUCUGCCCAUAUCCUUUGCUAUAAGGAAAGGAGCUAAGGUACUUAAAGUUAGGAAUAUGGGUGGCACCAAUGACAGGGUGAUUCUGUGAUGUGUCCCUUUGUCCUGUGAAAGCAUAUCAUGAAUUAUUGAGGGACCACCUCAGAUGUAUAUCUGUACCCUGGGCACAUGAUCUACCUGAGCAGGUCAUUUAUACAUGGUAAGCACAGGGCCUCAGCUGCAUGCAAAAAUAUGCUGACCAAUGUAUCUUGUUUUGAAUACUCAACAGUAUUGUUAGCUUGAUUAAGCACUGACUAGAGAACCAUCAAAUGAAUUGUCUAACUGGUUAUCAUCAGCAGCACAUGAACCUAGUCUUUGAUGAUGCUUAAACAUAAGCCCCUUGAAAAUACUGUACCUGGUUCAGAAAUUAGAAACCAUGGAAAAUGUUGAAAAAUUGCAUUGGAAAAAAAUAUUUGUUGAGUAAAACAUUGUCCUUAAAUGGUUUAAUUACUUUUAUAUGAAAGUUAGAUUUUUAAAGGUGUUUUAAAUAGGCUUUCUUGUGCAGUAGCCUUCUUAUUUAUUUUGAUUACCUUUAAAUAAAUGACAAAAUUAGUAUCUCUUCGCUUUA